GCGACUCUAAUUCAGACAAUUUCCUGCCGACUUCUCCACCAUGUCCGCCCCGUCAGCCUUCGCGGCUGGCCUUCCUCCAUCCAUGCCUGCCGGCAGCCAUGAGGUACAAGACUACUACUCCAAUCAAGGCCCACCUCGGUCGUUGCCACACACUGCACCAUCCAUCACACCCUACCUUGGCCUCCGGGCUCGUCUUUCACAAAUAUGGCUCAAUCGAUGGACCAUCCUCCUCCUACUUGUUCUUGCUCGCACCCUUAUCGCCGUUUCCGGGCUCAACAAUGAUCUGGCUUCAGCACGACGUGAAGCUCUCUCCGCAUGUUCAGACGUUGAAUCGAUGGGUUCCACCAUGGCAUCCAUGCCACAUUACAUGUCUCAAGGCUUGAAUGAGCUGGCUGCUACUGGCGUUGAGAAAUCGGUCAACGGUUUGAUGGAUAUGACGACUCUGAGUGUCACAGCGGUCGAAGAAAUUGUGGUGUUUGUGAUCGGGAUGAUGACAAACACCUAUCUCUGCCUCAUCACUUUUGCCGUCAGCGGAAGUCUGCACACAGUCAUCGGUACCCUCGAAUCUGCGCAAACUGCACUCAAUACCUUGACCAAAGGUGUUGGCAAUGACAUGUCUGGGGCGGUAAGCGAUUUUCAGUCCGCGUACAACACAUUUUUGGACGCUCUGAGCGGCUUUACGGCAUUCGGGAAAUCAAUCCCAACACCACCUCCGUUGAAUCUUUCCACGGAAGUGACCACACUCGAAGGCCUAAAGUUGCCAGCCAACCUUACUGCCGAUCUGCAAACCCUCAACAAUUCAAUCCCCACAUUUGCCCAAGUCAAGAAUUUUACAGAAGGCGUCAUCCGACUUCCCUUUGAAGAAGUCAAGCAGCUGAUCAAUGGAUCUUUGGGAAACUACACAUUCAACCGGUCGUUGUUUCCUGUGCCGCAGAAAGAGCAACUCACCUUCUGCAGCGACAAUGACGGGAUCAAUGACUUUUUCGACGACCUGGUCCACCUGGCUGACAUCGCACGGAAAGCCUUCAUUGGAGUCCUCCUAAUUUUGGCCAUCCUGGCCACGAUUCCGAUGGCAUGGCGCGAGAUCAGACGAUAUCGAAAAAUGCAAGAACGCAGUCAGCUUGUCAAUUCUGAUGCGCGCGAUCCCAUGGAUGUGGUUUACAUUGUCAGCCGACCGUACACCGCCUCUGCUGGACUCAGAUUGUCUCAUCGGUAUGAGUCGCAGCGCAAAAAGAGCCUGAUCCGUUGGGUCGUUGCGUAUGCCACAACUGAUGCUGCAUUAUUCGUCCUUGCUCUAGCUUUGACCGGUCUGUUCUCCUGCGCUUGUCAGGCUAUCCUCCUCCGAUCCAUCGAAAAGGAAGUCCCCAACCUAACCAAUGAAGUCAGCUCGUUCUCCGACAAGGUCGUGGCGUCACUCAACAAUGCUUCGGAGCAAUGGGCCGUCGGUACAAAUGCGGCCAUUGCCUCCGUCAGCCACGACAUCAAUCAGAAUAUGCUGGGUUGGGUCAAUACCACCACGACUGCAGUCAAUGAUACACUCAAUGCAUUCGUGGACCAGACUACAGAUGUGCUCAACACUACUUUCGGUGGCACGCCUCUGUACGAGCCAAUCAUGGAAGUUCUGAACUGUCUGCUAUUAUUGAAGAUUGCAGGCAUUGAGAAUGGCUUGACCUGGGUUCAAGACAAUGCGCACGUCGACUUCCCCAGUCUGCCGAACGAUACUUUCACCUUAGGUGCCGCCUCUAGUCUCGCCUCAAGUAAUCCCGAUGACUCGUUCCUUGCGAGUCCCGGAGAUGCUGCGAGCGAUCAGAUCUCAAGCGCCGUGGCCAGAGUGGUCAAUGAGCUGGAGGAGACCAUCCGCACCGAAGCACUUGUCUCAACUGUCCUUUUGCUCAUCUGGAUCCUCGUCGUGUUGAUCGGCGUUAUCCGCGCAUUGACACACUGGGCGAGACGAGAAAAGGUCAGAGGUGACGGUGGUGUUGCUCCAGCGUUCGCUUCCUCGACUAUGCCAAACAUGGACUUUCGCUCGGACGACCAGGAUCGGUAUAUGGUGAAUGUGCCAUUGGACAAUGUCAACACUAGCAGGCCAAUGUCGCCUGCACCACGGUAUACGCCUGCUAAAGAGGUCGAAGUUCUGGUCGAAGAGCAACCAGACUCCAAGCUAGGGCACGUUGAUCGUCGAGUGUACCAAGAGACACCAUCAGCAGUUGACAGCAAGCGGGGAAGUACUUGGAAAGGGGAUUGAAGAUACAUCUCAUCA